ACAUUACACAAUGCAAUCCCGGGAUCUAGUAUGAUUGCUGAGCACCAAAAUUGUGGCUUGAGAACUAGAAAUUGAGAUAAUGUCGUGGAAAGGGCGUAAUCUUCGUUAUGCCUGUGACGAGAUCUGCUUCUGGAUUGCCUUUUUGAUUCGUGCGCCUUCCCGGUCUAUGCCCUGCCUGGAUGUUCUAGACUCUGUUCUCGAUCGAUGUGGCCUUCCAGACUCUAGGAGUUACCUAUCCCUAGGUAUUGUAGACGUUAUUUCUUAUUUCUUGUACUCUGAUCCAUCUCUAUCGAUGAUCGAGUUCCUACUUAUAGCCGCGUCUAUCGGCGCGAAAUCCAGGACUUUAUACUCUCUCACCAAGCUAAAUUAUAAGAUUAUAGCUAUCCAGCGUAUGAGAAGAGGACCAAUACUCACGAUACCGAGAACUACCGGCUGUAUUCACUAAGAUGGGGUCAGACGAUAGCGUCAAGUUCUCAAACGAUGAGAAAGUCGUCAUAGACCAUAAAGAGGAACUCCCGCCUCAAUAUACCGAUGAAGAGUGUAAUCGUCUAAAACGAAAAGUGGACAGAUACCUUCUCCCGCUUAUGUGGCUCUGCCAUGGACUCCAGCAAGUAGACAAGGCCUGCGUCGGUACCCAAGCUACAUUUGGGUUACGCGAAGAUACGGGCCUUGUUGGACAGCAGUUUUCAUGGCUGACAACAGUCUUCUAUCUUACAUACAUGUGUUUUGAGAUUCCGUCUAUCAUCCUGCUGCAGAGAUACUCGAUGGGUCGGAUCUUGUCGAUAUACAUAGUGUGCUGGGGAUUUGUCGUGCUGAGUAUUGGGUUCGCUCAGAAUUUUGCGCAUCUCGUCACUCUUCGAGCAUUACAAGGAGUUUUCGAAUGCUCUAUAAGUCCCGGAUUCCUUUUGGUAAUUGGGACCUGGUAUACCACGCGAGAACAUCCUUCGCGCUCCUUGGUCUUCCAAAGCGGCUAUGCCGGAGUGAGCAUUAUCACCGAAUCCAUAAAUUAUGGAAUUGGUACCGUCACCCACAGGAACCCGAAUUUCGAGGCGUGGAGGUACAUGUCCUAUUUCCUCGGUAGCCUCACGAUUGUUGCGGGACUAUCUUGUUUUCUCCUCCUCGGUACACCAUCAGAAGUGACCUGGUUGUCCGCAGAGGAAAAGAAGAUAGCCACAGCUCGCAUCCUAUCCAAUAACACCGGUCACGAUAAAACAGGCAUCAAGGACUGGAAGUGGGAACAAGUUAGAGAGUGUCUAGUGGAUCCAGUAUUCUGGAUCGCUGGUGCAAAUGCCUUCCUAGGAUCAGUUCCAAACGGUGCCUUGACGGCGUUUUCGGGGAUAUUGACCACCAGCUAUGGUUUUACGAAUCUACAAAAUAUUCUGUUGAACAUUCCGAAAAUGAUUUUCUCGGCGCUAUUCUUCGUCGCGAUCGGAUUACUAGUUACUAAGAAGAAGAACCUCCGAUUGUGUAUUAUGGCGCUCUCUCAACUUCCGCCAAUUGCUGGCUUUCUCAUUAUCGCUCUUCUUCCCAAUGAGCCACAAUACAAAUGGACGAAAUGGGGUGGACUUUUUAUGACUUCAACUUAUAUAGUAGCCACGUUCUUUGCUUGGUCGUUAAUCCCGUCAAACGUCGCUGGGCGAACAAAGCGGACCGUCGUAUCAUCAGUCACCUUCGUGGGAUACUGCGUUGGGAACAUGGUGGGCACUCAAAUUUUCCAGGCCAAGGAUGCGCCUAGAUACAUCCCAGGGGCUAUUGGCUGUUUAACAUGCUUAGGAAUCCAGAUGCUACUGAUCAUUUUAUGGAGGACCAUCCUGGUUAUGCGCAACGCGCGUAGGGACAGACGGAUGAGGGAGCUAGGAAUGUCGGAAGAGGAUAGAAUCAAGGCUGGCUUGGAAAUGGGCGAACGAGACCACACCGACUUUGAGAACCCUUAUUUCCGGUACGUGAUGUAAUGGAAUGUCACGAGACCAAUAUCAAAAAUAAAUCUGCUCAGUAUCAUCAGGGGUUAUCUGGUGGAGUGAAUUUAGUACCGAAUACUUGGUGGUUCUGCUAUGAAUGGUUCGUCCCACCUCGUAAGGGGUAGGCUUAAGAAUUAUAAAUUAAGACACUACUAUUGCUAGACGUUGAAAUUUAUAGGAAUUGUCUCCGAAGAGGUAA